AGCGCGGAGAGCACACACCGCGGUCAAGAGCUAUGAUGUUGCAGUUAUUCCAUCUGAAACAUUACAUCAUUUUUCUUCUGUUGGGGAUCUCCUUGGACAAUUCAACAGGUAUACGCUGUAGCUUGUAAAAUGUGUUUACCAGUACGUCUAGACAAUACUACAAAUAGCAAGCUCAAAGGAACAAAAUUUGUCUGUCACGUAUUUGGACUUGAUGACCAAAACCAAAAGCUUUUCAAAUGGAAACUGCUGGAUGAAAAAAAUGAUUUCAUCGGAGGCAUUAUUGCGCUCACGCUAUGAUACAGCGUAGCUAAACAAUUGCAAAAAGGCAAGUCGUUUUUAUGAGGAUAAUCAAGUAGGUUAUAUCGCAAACAAAUUGUCUGGUGCAGCCUAAGGUAUAAUCCUUUACGUUAUUGUUUAUGUUGAUACUGGCAAGGCCUGACGCUCUUAUUAACCGACUAAGAUUGUCGCUAAGCCUUGCACCCAAUGAAAACAUGUUACUGAAAUUCUCCAAAGAGGGAAAUUCUUCUCCGAUGCAGUUUUUAAUUUGAAAUUACUCAGAGCGAACGGUAAAAAUAGCUAUAGGGUGGUUGGUAUUCCUGAGUUGCCGGAUAUAGCACAAAUUUUCUCUCAAGUUCAUGGUGUUUGGGAAGUCUCCGCUGUUGUCAAGCUGUUCUGACAUUGUCGUAUAUGAUUAGCAAAUAUAUUACCGAUCUUCAAGUAGACACUUAAAUCCGCUCACAGUGAAUGUUUAGGAGUUCAUGAAUACCCAAAAAGAUGAACCAGAGAGGAGACGAGACUGACCACCAACGAUUGUCACGAAAAGCGCGACUGAAAUGAAGGUCAUCUUUGUCUUUACUCUUCAGGUUAAUAAAAGUUUCCUGAGACCCCCCCGUUAUGGGUUUGCGUGAGAGGUAACUUUCUCAGAGCUUCAGACACUGCUGAGAAAAUAACCUGAGAGCAGGUGUUAUCUUUUUUUUUUUGCUUCUUUGCUUCUUUGGCUCGAGAGGGGAAAAAAUAACAGAUUACAGGGAUAAAGGGAGAGGGCAUGAUCGCAGGCUACGGAAGAAAAAAUUCGGUCUACUCUUAAUAAUGUGAAAUUUUUAAUUUUACAACACUGCUUUCUACCACUAUGUAUUAUUUUAUUUGACUUAUUCCUUUUUUGGGGGAAAAUAUCUUGAUGCCUAUAUAGGCGUUCGCAAAAAGCCCCUAGACUUGACUGGAAGCCAUUGUUCGGGAAAAUUACAGCAAAAGCCUUAUAAACCCCCUUCUGUGAAAGAGCACGAACCCUCUCAAAUCAUAGAAUGUAAACACCCUUGCGAUAAUAAGCUUAUUAACUCAGGGCGAGCACUUCGGCUUAGCCUCCACGGAUCGUGUUUUAGAUUUGUCGGGUAGAAAUGAAAAGUCACGAAUGAAUUCAUACCGCAAAUUCUGCUUUCAAUGAAAUGCCGUGUUAAUAGGUGUAAGGUACUAAGAAGGUUGUGUACAGUAUAUCAUAACCGGGAUACCGGGGGGUCCUUCCUUAUACAUUCUUCCAUAACUGGGACAAAUAAAGUUAUUUCCUAUACCAGGGGUUUCUUAAUAUCGGGCAUUUCAAUGUACUAACCAAGUUGAAAAGACCUGUCGUUACAGGAAGGUAUUCUCAUUUCUCGGGCGUUAGCGAGAAUGCGGGGGAGGAGUGCAAGGGAUGCCGAUUCCUUGAACAAGGUCAUAUGUGUCUUCCUGGUUCCUUUUUCUUCUUUCAAAAUCCUUUUUAACGGACAAGGCAGAAACCUGUUUAGACUAUAUUCAAACAAGUUUUGCUUCUACACUAUUGUUUGGAUUUUAAGUUAAAUCUGAAAUUUAUGGGUGAUGUCACUGGUUCCUAUUUUAAAGUCCACCAAAGGUUUUUUAGUAGGCCUAAAUCUUUUCAAAAAAGUAUUGUCAUGAUGCAUGACAGACCAAGGGGUAAGAGUGGUUUCAGCUACCUCGCUUGUGUCUCAGUAACGGUGCGGAUAAUCCAUUCUCGUGUUCAAGGCUGCAAUUAUUGUGGUCGGUGCCACGGAUCGUCAUUAUGGCUCGUACAAGUACAAUAGUUUUUGUUAUCGUUUUGAAUUUCUGAAAAUGUGCCAAAAGCUGAACGACUUUAAAGACUUGAUUGAAUUUCCGUUUUUCAUCAGUUUGGUGAGGUAAUACUUCUUGGUCUUAGGUAGCAUGAUCAUCAGGCUACAGGGUUUGGUAACAUCGGAAAAUCGGAAAGAUCUAGAAGGAGUUGAAGAGGAGUUACGUAGGCGAUUGCACCAUUUUUUUGUUCCUUUAAUUACUUUUUGAUUUUAUUUGGGCAUUUGUUAAGCAUUCCGUAAAUAAAGCGAUCUAUAUAAGUAAUGAAGAAUUAUCCUUUUCCUCUAUGAAAAUUACAAUUGAGCCUGCAAGCCUAAAGGCAUGCAAACCGGGUUUGCGUUUGCGUUUGCGUUUGCAGAAAAGACCCAUUUACUGUCAAAAGUAAAUGAGCGUGCACUAAGAUAUGUUUACAAAGAUAAAACAUCAGCUUAUUAUGAACUGCUACAGCGAAUAGGUUUAGGAACCACUUUGGAAAAACGUCGUGUCCAGGACAUGUUAAUAACUAUAAACGCCUGUUUUCAAGGCACCGCCCCCACAUGCAUUAAGGAACUCGUUAAAAUGAGAAACAACAAGUACGAUUUAAGGGGCAAUAAUACGCUAUCACUGCCAAAAGUAAAUACUACAAAGUAUGGAUUAAACUCCUUCAGAUAUUUCGCCGCAAAACAAUGGAACAGUAUUCUAAAUGAAUUGCGUUUAAGAGCUGGAGGUCUAGAAUUUAACAAACAAGUGAGGAACAUUCAAUUUUAGUUAUCUAAUUUUGUAAUUUCAGAUGCUAGAUAUAUUUAUAUUUUUACAUUUCUAUGUACAUAUUUCUUUCUUUCUUUCUUAAUAUUGAUUUGUGGAAAACCUGCAAAAUAGCUUUAGCUAAGUGUUUCUCCCACGUUAAAUAAAGAUUAUGUUAUGUUAUGUUAUGUUAUGUUGUUAUUACUUAAGUUACAGUCAUAAGUUCUAUCAGGGGCACCCAACGAGGAUAUAGUUCAAAACCACUUAACAUAGCAUUGUUGAACGUAUUUUAGUAUUCAAACGGUAAAUAUAGGCAUAUUUUUAUCUCCUGAAAACUUUUCAUCUGUUCGGAUUUCCUAGCUGAAAGUCUAGUGAUCCGAAAAUUAUAGGGAUAAAAACUUACCUUCUCGAAAAUUUCAGCCAGGAAAAGGCUCCCGAAAAUUCUAGGUGGCCUUUUUUAGGGUCAAAAUCCGUUAAAAGUGGGUAAUUAUACCAUUUUGUGGAUGUUCGAAAAUCCUAGGAGAGGCUGGCAAGCAAGAAAUUUUACAACAAAUGCUCCGAAAACUCUAGAUCUCAAAUCGUCUUCCGAACAGAUAUUUUCCCGAAAAUUGCCGUUGGGUGCCCCUGUUCUAUGGAGCCUAGAAUGCUUCAUGUGAGUUUUAGCUAGUUUCCAGAGGAUCAUAUCAUUACAUCAUAUGAUUUUAGCGUCAGAGAACAGAUUAAGGAUUGCUGACCGGUUCAGGAGACAAGUUGUCAAGGAAGGACGAUGCCCGUCGUGGACUGUGAUAAGGAACUGUUCGUCACUUGAACAAUGCAACUGGGAUGGAGACUGUUCUGGUACUCAGAAGUGUUGUAAGAGCUCGUGCGAAGCCCGAUCAUGUUAUGAACCUCUAUUGCCCAUAAGACCCGAUGAAGGUAAUUAAUGAAAAUACUCUCUUAGACACUCAUAUAUCGAUUCAUUAUUUCUAAGGGACCUCUUGUUACUUCCUAAUACCGAAGGGGACUAAUUAUAAUUUUAUGCUCGUCUUAAUCUUGGUUGACUUUUCCUUUUUAGUUUCAUCCCUGUAGAAGGCGUUUUGAGACUAUCGGCUUCAAUACGGUCAUUUGACUUUUGUCGUGGGUUUAGCAUUACCUCAUCACUUGCCCACUCUAUUGGAUAGAAGCUUCUAAUUAUGAGCACUAGCACUGAAUUACCGUAUCAUUUCCACCCAGCCUUAAACACGCUGUUAAUUCAAGGGACGUCGCUUUGACUGUGUCGUGACGGGUUCAUUACUCCAUAUGACAAAAAAAUUAUGAAUUUACUGCUUCAGAUGCCUGCCCUAAAGAUGAAGCCCAAAUAGCAUCACAUAAAGGCAAUGCUAAAUGUCUUCCGGGAAGAAUAAGGUUCUGCUUUAAAGGCAACUGCAAAAGGUAUGGCUUACGUUACCACCCGUUAGUAUUAAUAAUUUUUUAAAUGUCAUAUUUAAUGUUGCAACAGGCAAACCAUUAUGAUGAUUGUAAAGUCUGUUUUUUACUUCCCUGUACCUGUAUGGUAGCGUGUUUCGCCCUUCUCUAUAAAGUUGUGGCCAAUGGGGCUCUGAAAUUUGAUAAGAAAAUUGUCUAUUUUUGACUCCUUUCAGUCCCGAUCAGCCAAAGGAUCUACUCUCCUUGGCUUCUUGUUGUUUGUUUGUUUUUGUGUUUUAUAUUGAAGAUGUAGCAAGUUCCUAGCUGUACUACAAUUUAACACUAAGAAUAAAACAUCUUUCUUCUAUAAUUUUCUUCCUAAGCAACCCUCGAAGAGCACUGUUUUGAUGACAUUUAACUUGAAGUUGUUAUUUGCAGAUGUUGUUUUCACUACAGCAUAUGUAACCCAUAUCCGGAAAUGCUCAUGACUAAGGAAGAGUGCCAAAUAGGUAACAAUCUUUAAGGAAAUAUCUCCCAAACAAUUUUUUUUACAGACGAAAUAUUUAGCAUGACCCAUUUUUUCUUUUACUUUAGCACUUUGUUCCCCAAAGAUCUGUAAGUUCCCAGGAGAAAUAUGCCUGCUCGACAAAUACAAUGCUCCGAGAUGCUCCUGUCGAUCAAAAUGCCCCACUCCACUUCCAGAAGAACGUGUCUGCGGGACGGAUGGAAUUCCUUAUAAGAGUGUUUGCGAGCUGAACAGAACAGCCUGUAUUUUGGGAGCAAAAGAUAUAACGAUAAAGCGAUACGGAAAUUGCCAGUCAAGUGAGUCUCAUUCAUGGUUAUCUUGGUAAUAAGUCACUUACUAAGACUGUGAUAAUAAAAGGAAGUUUUUAAUUGUUUAUCAAUUGUCUCGUAAAUUUAGGAAUUUAAGUUUGGGCUGUCCCUUAGAGUCUGUGAUUAAGAAGUAUUCGAGUUGGACAAAAAAAGACUUAAAAGUUCUAAAUAUUAAAUGUCGUUUACUUUACUUUUUUAUGCUUUUGUUUGUUUCUUUUAUUCUUUGAUUUAUAAUUAUUGAUUUUACAACCAUUUCGGAGGUGACUUACUUCAGUUCUGUCGAUUAAGGAAAUUCUACACUUCAUUUUAAGAAGAACCGAAAAACAAAAGCGGUGUGCCAGGUAUGAGCCCCCCCAAAACAUUAAUAUCAUCAGACCAUAAGUUUUCAUCCAUAAUAUUGUGGGUGACGAAUUACUCCUUAAUUUUGGCGCGAAAUUUCAGCGUUAAUUUGUAAUUUCACAUGUGAAAUUACCAAAUUGCCAUGGCAACCUUCGGUACGUCUCAGUGUCAAGAUGGCGAUGAAGUUUUAAAAUGUCAUGAAUGAAGAUGUCAGGGCACAAAAAGACGUUUUAGAAAACCUGAACACACAAGAGAACAUCAAGAAGGAUUCUAACAGGUAUUUUGCCGAAAAAGUCUGAAAAAUUCUGAACUUUAUAAGCCAAAUUUAAGGUCUAAACAUUUGAGAGAGUGGAGUUCUCGAUCGAUACGAUCCAGGAUAAACAUGUCAAAAAACCAAUAUUGCUAACGUAAUUCGUCACCCAUGAUAUUAAUAGGUAAUCAAAUGGUAUACUCGUGAAAUAAGGGAAUAAUUUCACUUGCGUUUUUGUCCAAAUCCUAAUAAUUUCCCUCGCCUGAAGGCUCGGGAAAUUAUUAGGAUUUGGACAAAACGCGCGUGAAAUUAUUCCCUAUUUUCACUUGUCACCAUUUGAUUACACAUACUAAUUAACCAAGAUGAUUUCAUUACUGACUGUAGGAGUGAGUGGCGUAAAAUUCAGCCAGAGGACUAGUGCUUUUAAUUUUUUUCCAUUUUUGGAAAUUAGAACAUUGUGUUCCUAGAUGAUUUUUUCAUUUUCAUUAAUUAAUUAUAGUUUUUUCGUGAUACGAUUGUCGUAUUCAGACGGGGACAAAGUUACAGUUAGUACAACCCAUAAGAAGAAGCAAGUUCUCCCUGCUUACAAAAAAGGGGAGCUUACGUGCCGAUUUGAGGGAGUUCCUGUCAGCAUCAUUUGGCAAAAGGUGGGACUUCGAACUUUGCCGGACCGAAUGGUACCACGUAUGGGCAGGUUAGAUAUCCUGGAUGUAGGCGUGCACGACAGUGGCAUGUACAAAUGCAUGGCUUACGACGGAUUUGGUACAGCAGAGGCGGAAAUAAACGUAACUGUAAAAGGUAAGCUUGAAGUUACGGCAAAAUGCUUUGUAAAGCAUCUCUCCGGCAAAUAAUGAUGCACUUUGCGUUUUAAACCUUAACUUUAGUUAAUUGGAUUGCCCAAUUCGAUAAUGUCAUUUGCUAGCUCGCAUAGACUUUGACUCCUGUUGACUGUGAGACAGUGAUAGGUAUGGUACUUAGAAUGGGCCAUUAGUAAAUGACAAAAUAAAAAGAAAAAGAGGAGAAAAAGAGAGAGAGAAGGAGAGUGAAAAUAUAUGCUCUUGCCAAUUUUCAGAAAGACGGGAUGUCGUAAACCCUGUUGUUGUGAAAUGUUUUAGCGACAGCUGCGAAACGUUGCAUUUAAUUUGGUUUUUAUGGUAGGACCGUCUAGCAUCGAAAAAAAGAUCAUGCCUCGUAAAGACUGUUUAAAGCCUCGAAACACUGGAUACUGUAGACUCUACAACGUUCGAUGGUACUUUGAUGGCAAAGAUGCACUCUGCAAACCAUUUGUAUAUGGCGGCUGCGGUGGCAACAACAAUAAUUUCCAGACACAAGAAGCUUGCAGUUCUGCUUGCAACCAUGCAGGUAAAGAACACUGUGAAAAAUUAAAUAGAGUUCCUUACAUGGUUUUAAAAAGAUUUAUCGGAUUAACCAAAAAACUGCAAGGUCAAUCCCAACUACCAGUGAGAGCUGUCAUCACAUGGCCAAUGUUCUAUUUGGCCGCGUAAAUUGAAAAAUCAACUGUGCUUUUUGUGGAUAGAAAGAAAUAUUUUGAAAUUAAGUAAACUUGAUCAGAAAUUUAAAAAUUUUGCAUAACUGUUUGCAAUUUAAGACCGUAUCAAUUCCACCAUUGUUUUCCUUUCAGCUGGAGACAUUUGCAGUUUGCCAGUGAUUGAAGGCCCGUGUAGAGGCUUUAUGCCAAACUGGUUUUACAACGUGAAUACAUCACGGUGCGAGCAGUUUGUGUACGGGGGUUGCGGUGGUAAUGCUAACAGAUUUAGUACCAAAGCAAAGUGUCAGCAACGAUGUAUGGGUGCGUAAAUCCUCUCUUUGCACUCAACUGGCUCUAAACUAAAUGUAUUUUUAUAUCCAUACUUUCCAUGUAUCACAGCAUCUUUGUCAACCCUGCUGAAAAAUAAAGUAUUCAAUUGAAUGACGAAGAGUCCAACCCGAUAUGCUUCAAUUUUGUUUGUUUGUUUUUAAAUUACUCGUGAGUACUAUUACGGCUUUAUUAUUAGUACCUUUUUUGUUUACAUGUUUCAAACUAUUAACUCUUAGCAGGUGUUGGAUUUGCAGACACCCCUUGUUUACGACAACAACUUGCUGGUAGACGUAGUAAACGUCUGGGUGCUUUUGUACCAAAAUGUCGGCCUGACGGCGAGUUUGAAGAAAUGCAGUGCCAUGGAUCAGUUUGCUUUUGUGUGGAUGAAGGCGGGGAAGAAAUCGUUGGCACACGGAUUCCUCGGUAUCAUUCUCUCAACUGUAAAUCACAAUCACCUCCUGGUAAUGGGACAAAGCUUGAUACCACAUAAUACGAAUAAUGACAAGUAAUCAGUAGUUUCCAAUCUCCAGCAGUUGAAGUUAUAGAAUCAGUAAAUGAGUUCUUUUCCACCGACUUCGAGAAUAGCUGGCUUAUAAUUAGGUUAUGGUUUUCGCUUAGUUUCAUCUUCCUUUCCUCUCUUACAUUGUAUCAAGGUUAUCACAUUACUUUUACGCAAGUGCAAUGGGUGUUGUUCAGAUGUUCAGGUAACGUAUGGUUGAGGUAAAUUCUAAGCGUAUCAUAAAUAUCGAAUAAUUUAUUUCAAAACCACAGGAAGUAGUUUCAAGCAAAUUUGACUGUUAAAAUGCUGCUUUUCCUUUAAAAAAACUGCACGGCCCUUACAUGUGUCAAUUUAUUGCUAUCUAUACAUUUCUAAUUGUCUUUAUCCCCUUUUUAGAAAGUGUUAUGACUCCCUGCCAGAAGGCGCAAAAGAAUUCCAGUAGUCUUCCUUUUGGUGAUUCACAUUUAAUUCGGUGUAAGCAAGAUGGCAGUUACGAGGAGGUGCAGUGCAGUGGAUCAACUGGAUUCUGUUGGUGCGUUGAUGAGAAGGGUUUCCAACUUAAUGGGACAAAGACUAGGGGACCUUUAAAGUGUCCUUCACUCGGUUUGUAUGCGGCUUUAUCUGUGUAUGUCUAUAACUAUCUCAACGUCACUUUCUUUACCGAGACGUCGUUUGAGCACAAUUUCUAAUUAUAGCCUAUGAACCAAGAGCCCCCGCAAAAAAAAAAAAAAUUAUAAAUAGAGAAUAUUACACGGUGGCGAGAAGAUAUGAAUUUUAUGUUCGAGUGGCAAGAACAAUAUCUCACGAGUGAGCGCAGCGAACGAGUGAGAUAUCGCUCUUGCCACGAGAACAUAAAAUUCAUAUCUUCGAGCUAACGUGUAAUAUUCUUUUUAUUAUAUAAACAUACUGAUGACGGCGUUUUUGAUGAUUUACCGAAGAUUUCCGACCACCUUCCGAAGAUUUCCGAAGAUUUUUCAAAUUGUCCCGAAGACCAGACGAACGUUCCCGAACAUUUUCCGAGAAUUUACGGAAAUUUCCGAAGAUUUCCGAAGAUUGCCGAGCACUUUCGAGUAAGACCCGAAAUCCUUGUAAAACACUGCAGUUUAUAUAAUAAAAAUAAAUAAAAAAAUGCAAUUUCGUAGCACACCCACGUGGAAUAUAUAGUAUCAAAGUAAAGCUUAGGGUUUGCUGAAUUGUAAUCAUUCUAUUUUUAGACAUGAAACCUUAGUAUAGUUGUGAAAAAGGGGAUUUUUCUUGGGGUGUGGAUGGGGAGUAUUUUUGACCCUUAAUUAUUAGGAUCACAAAAUGAAGAAAUCAAUUCAACAUUUCAACUCAAACUUUUACAACAUAUGCAUUUACUGGUGAAAAUUGAAGUUCAUAUACCCUUAGUUUGGUCACUAUUUGUCAUGGCAAAUAAGGAUUGUUGUGUUCUGAAUUUUGUUAUUUUUUCAAUUACAGGCGUUAGCUUAACGCUUUGUCAGAAACAGUACAUAACAAAUUCCAGAAGUCUUCAACCAAAGCGAGAACCUCCUCGGUGUCAAGAAGAUGGAAGCUUCGAGAAGAUUCAGUGUCGUGGAAUGACGUGCUUCUGUGUUGAUACGGAAACUGGGAGAGUUGUAAAGGACACUAGCAUCAUCACGCUUUAUGGAGAGCCUAGAUGCCACGGUACAGGUAAGCAAAUACUAUAUGAAAGAUGAUAAUUUCUCUAGCGUGCACGCACUGCGCGUGAUUAGCUUCGGCUAGUAACCAUGAUUUAAAAGUCGUUUUCAUAUAACCACGUUACGCUUUAAAGGUAAAUGCCGAUUUAUGUCUUCCGUAAUGGUUUCGAAAGUAAACUUGUUUUUCUGUUUUAUGUUCGCUUGUUUUAGGUCACGGCCUCACACUUUGCCAAAGAAUGCACGAAGAAGCCCUUACCAAUCCUACAAAAGACAUUUAUGUUCCACAGUGCUCUUUCAAUGGGAGUUUCGUGGACGUUCAGUGUCAUGGUGCCAGCAACGAGUGUUGGUGUGUGGAUCAACAAGGCAAUGAGUUGACUGGAACGAGGUCCAAAGGGCCUCUGAGGUGUCACGGCUUAGGUUUGUUUCUCACUUUUAUAUUAACAGUGCUGUUAUUGUUUUCUGGAUUAGACCUACAGUAUAGGCCCGUGUAAGGAUUUUUGAUGGGGUUUCUGCUUUGACAGUUGACGGAGUUUGAUACCAAUAAUCCGAAAUUUUCUUUCGAAUUCCUUGCACAAGUGUUUUUGAGUAUAUUUUUAGGCCGAACGAUUGACAGCCUAAACUAUCGAUGAGUCCUAUCAGCGUAUGGUUUUCAAAUGAGAUCCUGUGAUCGUUUUGCUAAGGGUCGUCACCUAAAUUUGAAACCAUUUAAAGGAAUUGUUGGGCGUGGUCCUUUGUUUGAAAUUUCUUCAUUCGUCGAAAAAAGGAAGAGAAAUAAAUGAAAUGGAAAUAAAAUGCCUUUGAAUUUCAAAAUGGGGAAAAGAAAUUCGGGAAGAAUGAAGUUGCAGGUGGCAGGUCAAGUUUGUACUUCGCACUUACAUCGCAGUAGUCUUAAAAAGUGUCCGCUUUAAGAAUAUUCUUCUAUCGCCAGGAGAUCAGUUAUCUGCUUGUCAAGAGGAAUAUCAGAAGAACCUUCGUCGUCAAUCCGCAAGCCGCUAUGUACCUCGUUGUGCUGCAGAUGGCAGUUAUGGCGAAGUGCAGUGCACGGGGGGAUUAUGUUAUUGCGUUACUCCACGAGGAGAACAGAUUCAUGGGACCAAGACAUUUAAUUCUGCCAGAAAACCAAACUGCUCUCAUCCAGGUAUAUUAAAACCUUAAAACAAAGCGGAAAUAAAGCAGUUUGUUUUAAUUGUUUUCUUUUUUUUCAUUUAGCAGUUUUAAUGAAUCUAAUUGUUGUCAGGUUUUCACGUUUUGACUGAACACUAAACAAAAUUAGUUCAGUAGCUUUGUUUAUAAGCGAUGCUGUUCGUAGGAAAACGUAGUGACAUUAGUAGAAAUCCAAAAACGCAAUCGUAAUAUGCCCGCUAAUACUCUCAUCUGGUUACUUCAAAUGACUAUCUGACAGUGAUAACAUAGUUACAUGAAAAUGCACUUGAUAAAUCUGAGCAGAGGCCGUUUAAAAUUAAAUAUUGCCCUUCUAAGUCUGAAUAUUGAAGCGAGCUGCCCAUUUUGGUUGGAGAUAUGCAACAGUAACGCGUCAAUGGCCUCAUAAAAAGUUACUAUUAACGCCGUCUUAAUUCCCUUUUCAGAUGCCAACAUCAGCCCUUGUGAGAAAAAGCGCCGGGAAGCGAUUUUCUUUUCCCUAAGUUAUGUUCCUUUCUGUAAACCUGACGGAAGCUGGUCGGAGAUACAGUGCGAACGCCUCUCAAAGAAUUGUUGGUACGUGGACACUAACGGACAAGAGGUCCCUGGCACAAGAUGUAAUAAAUCAGAAAAGACACCCGCUUUCGGUUCGUGAUACUUCCUUUUCUUAAUUUCCACCAUAAAGCUUUUACACAUAAAGUACUCAUCAGUCUCAUUUGAAACAUGCGGUUGAACCCAUGGCCGUUUUCACGAAAUCUGCUUUUCUUGUUUUUCUGUUUUGUCCUGUUUUGUUUUUUUACUUCGUGGACUUCAUUUUACCCAUUUUCAUUUUUACUGUUAAGUCACUAGGGUCAGACAAAUGUAACUAACUGCAGCUCAAAGACUAAGCGGCUGGCUACUCCCUUAAUUGUCAGUGUCAUUCCAUCGAUUGAUCUGUCUCUUGGUCAAGAGUUCACUCAACGCUUGCGUGCAUCGCCCAGAAUGCUAUUGGUUUUUGCGACAUGUACUUACAGUGCCCAGUUUCUCAAUGCGUGGCAUAAUACUUAUUGUAUACCAACUUAGCGAUUAACAUGACAACUUGUUGUAUCUAUAACAAUUCUUACUUCUUUUUCGUUUUACUUUUUGCAGAAAAGCUGAGCCCUUGCAGAAGGAGGUUGGUCAAUUUGUUAAGGAGCACACAGCCUGGCAGACAUCUUCCAUGGUGCCGAACAGAUGGGUCUUAUAACCCGAUGCAGUGUUCCGGCUCUUACUGCUACUGUGUAUACGAGAAUGGAAAUGUGCAGCCUGGAACAAGGAUUAGUGUCGCUGCGGGUAGACCUGUCUGCACACACAUCAGUAAGCUAUGAUUGAUUGUCCCUGUAUACAAUUACACUUGUCUAUUUUAGGUGAAGGCUAUCUGCAUUUUGCCAGAGAGGGCCAUCGAUGGAAUUGGGUAAAAUCAGAGUACCUGCGGCAAAUUAGGUAAAUUACAUAAUGUUUACAGUGACGCAAUUUAAAAUAAGGGGCGUGACCUGUACUCGAUGCGUUGUUCUUGUUUAUACGUAUUACUAGAGAAAGUAGCGAAAAGUGAGAGGAAUGCAGUACCUUGUAGGAGUCUACUUAUACAUCAUACUCUUUUUCAUGGUAGAAACAAUUCCUUGUGUAAUAUUUAUUCGUUUACAGAAUUGUCUGUCUCUUCGUUCGCUUGUUUCUCAGGUGGGGCAGUAACUUCUUGCCAACGUAGAUAUCGAAAGGCUCCAUUUCAGCUUUCCCAAAAUCUGUUUAUACCUCGAUGUAAACUAGACGGACGGUACGAGGAAGUGCAAUGCCAGUCUACUAGUGGCAAGUGCUGGUGCGUAGACCAGAAUGGAAAGGAGAUUCCAAAGACCAGGUCAUCUGAGCUUAUAAAAUGCCCUGUUGAAGGUAGUUGGCGUUUGUAAUGGUGGUACUGUAAGUUUGCCAUAAUGCUACUGCUUCUUUUUUGCAUUAAGAUAGAAGAUGAGAAACGAGUCAUAAGGUCUUUUCUGGUGUUGCACGGAAGGCGCUGGAUAAAUUUAAACGCGUGGCCAUAAGAGCUAGCUUUGACUCUGGCGGGACAGACAAGGAUGAGGCGAUGAUAGAUGGGUGGUAUUGAUUUUUCGUAACUAAAACUGAUAUCUCAAAAAAAAAAAAAAAUUCACCAGCGCAAACAAAUCAUAAGGCUCAAAAUCCAUAUCAUUUUUGUAGAAUUUAUGUGGCACCGUGCUGUUAUUGAGGAGUUGGUAAUUUGGAAUGAAUGGGCUGCAGCAUUUAUUGUGUUGUUUCUUCCUAGUAUUAAAAAUCAACGCCAAUAAUUUGUUAAAUUUAAAUCAAUAGUCAGUCCUUUGACCUCAUGCCAGAAGCGCUACAUAGAUUACGCAAAGAAUCCGCUUCCAGGACUGAUGAUUCCAAGGUGCAAAAGGGAUGGCACUUUUGAGCCUACACAAUGCAAAGGACUCGACUGCUUUUGUGUUGAUAAAGAAGGAAAUGAGAUCAAGGGAACUUCUUUGCCAGUUAGACUCGGAAAACCUAACUGUGACCUCCAAGGUGUGUAUGUUGAUUGUAUAUUGUUUGUUUUUUAAUACACUGAGUACCUUAUUCAUUGACUGCAUUGACUGCAAGUCAUGCCACACGCAGAAGCCCACAACAAGCAAGAAAACCAUCAUUUACCAAUAAUUAAUUCUACAAAACGGCCAGUCCUAGAAAAUUUGACACUCUCCAUUCGUUCUCCCACUUCUAAAUACAUUCUUUUACUGGAAAUCCUGCGUUAGCUCUUCGUUUUCCCUUCAAUUCCCGAUGUUUUCCUUGAGGUGAAUGUUGUAUUUGCUGAAGGGAUUCAGUUUGUAAAAUAACCCCGGGGCUGUUGCCGGUUAACUAAAGGGAAACAUUAACACUUCCACUAUAACAAGGAUAACGUUCCCGAAAACGUGAGAACCUCUAGGUUGUCAAUCUGCGGGAUCGAAGUGUCAUGGAAUGACUUGAAAGUUAUUGUUAUUAUUAUUUUUUAUUUAUUUCUAACUAUGCAAUCAAGUGGGCUGGGUCAAACCCAAAUGAAAACUUGCAUGGACCAUUGGUAGUUAUAUUUUUUACGUAACAGUUGAAAAAGCUCAUUUCGUAAGUUUUUUGGGCAGAUACAGAACCUCUGUCCAUUUGCCAAAGACAGCACAGCGAGGCAUUAAAACUUCCCGCCAGUCCUUUUCGUUUCAUUCCCACAUGCAAACGUGAUGGUAGAUUUGAAAAAAUCCAGUGUCUUCGAGCUACAAAGCAAUGUUGGUGUGUAGAUGAAAACGGGCAGGAAACCUUUGGAACGCGGACCACUGAUGACCUCAAAUGUCCUUCCGCAGGUUAGAUAUCAGACAUUUUUAAUUCGUUAUGGCGCAGACAUUAAGCUAUUACAUAAAUCUUGGUUUUCGAUGCGCUUUUGAAAACCUCCAUUUACGACUCAACAUAAACCCAUCGGAAGCUCUAUUUAGACUUCUUUUGUAUUUUCUUCAUUCCACAGCUUCUCCCUUAACUCAGUGCCAAAAGGAGUAUCAAGAAAUUCUCAGAAGCUGGAUUUUACCAGGGCCUUAUAUACCUCAGUGUACACACGAUGGAAGAUAUGAACAAGUGCAAUGCCAAAGACACUACUGCUACUGUGUAAACGAAAAUGGAGUAGAAUAUGCGGGAACACGGGUAGAUAUCACUGAAGGAAGACCCAAAUGUCACACUGGAGGUGAUCCUUUUUGUCUUUUUACUCUUUGAAAUUACACUGUGGAAUUACCUUGGACAAAAUUAACCGCCUGUUUUUGUUGCUCACGAGGAGGGAUAUCAACGAAUGGACAGCACAUCAUUCAUUAGCAAUGGGCCAAUUCCGAAACACAGUAUAUGUAUUUUUAAGAUAGUUCAUACACUGCUCCAAGACUUAGAGGAGUAACUGAGGAGAAUGAUCGGUUUAAUAUGUGGACCUCAAUGUAACUUCCUUUGUUUUAUUCCUCCUUUAAGCUUUAAGUAUUUGUCCAAUUCUGACCUAUUUAUUCUGUUAUACAAAAAUGUGUUUUUUAAUCCCUUUACAUAGAGUUCUCUGCAAGUGCUCUACCAUUUUUGUUUACCUUUGAUCUUUUGAUCUUAUAUUGCAGGCCACACCCUCACUUUUUGUGAAAAGCACUUUCAGGACUAUCUUCGACAUCCAAAGCCGGAUCUAUUUGAGCCUCAUUGCAGUAAAACAGGGGCCUUUAAAUCUGUUCAGUGUCAUAAAUCAGAAUGCUUUUGCGUUGACCAAGAGGGAGCUCAGAUUCCACACACAAGAAGGAAUAUUGCGACAGGGAAGCCCGCUUGUUCCUGGCCAAGUAAAUAAACUAAAUUAAUAGGAAAACUAUUGACGCAUAAGCUAUAAUCAUCACAAGUUUUCAUUUUUUUGGGUUGAGACAAAUUCUUGCUACACUCCCUGUGAUAGCGACAGCUGUCAGUUUUGUCAAUGGCGAUUUUCUGCGUCAUCUGAGUUAACAUGUAACAAGUCCAUGAGACGGUAAAGAGUUGUGGAAUUCGGUUCAGGCAGAUCUAAAAUUAAAAGGCAUCGCUCGUGCCUCCCCAGAGAGUGUCGAUUAGGCAAUUACUCUAGACCCUUUGUUCAAAAAAAGUAAUUCAGAUCGAUUUCUGCAUGUGGUUUCUUCUGGAAUGUUUUACGUUUGGUGCUUUUUAUUAGGAAUGGCUUUGACCAAGUGCCAGAAGCUUCUGCAAGAGUCAAUAUCCCGGCCAACGGAUCCUAAUCGGUUUGUUCCAUAUUGUAAAUACGAUGGUAAUUACGUGGAACUACAGUGUCAAAACUCCUCUGGGUUGUGUUGGUGUUUGAACAAAGACGGUAAACAGCUAAAUUUAACAGCAACAAACCAAACAGUCAAGUGUCCCGGCAUAGGUAAGGUAGUUUUUCCACUGAACCGUACGUGAUGUUUAUAGCCUUUGCUUUGAUACCCUGGCAUUGAUUAUUAGUGAUGAUAGGAUGGGUGGGGUUUCGUUUUGUCAAUUCUUUGUUGCAGUAGGGGGCGCUUGUAUUAGUUUUUGAAUGAUUAUUUUGUCACUGAAUGAUACGUUUUAUCCCUCCAUCGUUGCAGAGACUGAUUCUCUAUGCUGGAAACGCUAUCAACAAAACAUUAAGAGUGGCAUUCCAGGCUCCCAUGUUCCAUGGUGCAGGCCUGACGGAAGCUUCUCUCCUCUACAGGUUCAAUCGUCUCAGUUUUUCUGUGUCAACAAAAUGGGUGAUGAGGUGUCUGGCACUAGCGUUGAUAUGAGCCUUGGUAAACCUGACUGCCAUGCAGCUAGUAAGUAAAUCAAUGAUUUAAACGGAAAAAAAUCAUGGCGCAGAAUGCCUAUUGUUCUCGGGACUGCGUGGCAGGCGUUAGAAAGGGAAGGAGAAGGGAAUUGGUUCACGAGACAGCUUCUCACGAGCCUAAAAUCCCCUUUCCACGCAGGCUAAGAAACUAAACUUGCCUUUUUGUGGGUAUUUUCAUAGGACAAAAGUUAAACCGGAGAAAAAAAGAUCAACUGCGCGAACGAGAUCUUAAUUAUGUCGUAAAUAAACUGACUGAAUGUUAAAUAGUAAAAUAAUGAUGACGGGUGCGGUUAAUCUUGAUGUUAAACCAAAAACCAUUCUAUUAGCCACCAGUGUAAGAGUAUAACACACCCUAGGGAUAAGAUCAAGAAUAACAAGCGAACAAAAUAGACUUAACAGUAUUAUUUGUUUUGAUUUGAAGCAUCUCGUGGAUUUAUAGUAACGCCUUGUCAACGUGAACGUGCUCGUCGCUCCCAUCUUCCGUUGAUGCCUGGAAAACAUGUUCCCCGUUGUAAUGUUGACGGGACGUAUGAAGAAGUACAGUGUGACAUUGCGAUUGGACAAUGUUGGUGUGUGGACCGAGAUGGUAGAGAAACAGAAACAACAAGGACUGAGGGAGUCAUUAGAUGCGGUGCAGGUACUUUGAUUUUCCUGACCCGGGUUGUUCAAUCGCUGGAUAGCACUAUCCACCAGACAAAUCACUAUCAAGCGGAUAAGUAUUAGAGAAACCAAUUGCGCUACCCAGUGGAUGGAGAUUUAUCCAGUGGAUAGCGUUAUCCACCAUUUGAACAACUGGGGCCUGGAUUAUACAAAGAUUUGUUCUGUAGCUUCUCUGACCGACAAGAGCGUUGUUCGUUUUCUUCAGCAUGCACAGGUUCUAUAUCAAAUUCUUCUGGCACCUGCUAUGUUACUAGUAAAUUUUUUCAGCGCAAAAAUAUAUUUUCAUUAUUCGCUUUUGAAUGCGAUUUCUUUCGUCACUUUUUAAGGUAUACAAAUUCCCUUUUGUAGAGAAUCUUACUUCAUGCCAGAAGCAUCAGAGAAGGGCCAGAGAAUUUUCGAGAACUGGACCAAAUUCCUGGAACUUUAUACCGAGAUGCAGGGAAGACGGCGGGUAUUAUGAAGUGCAAUGUCACGUGAGCUCCGGCCAAUGUUGGUGCGUGGACCAAAAUGGCAAUGAACUUUGGGGCUCUGUGACGCGGGGAUUACCAGACUGCUCAGGUAAAUAGAGGUACAAGAUAACUCGAAAUUAAACUGCAUUUACUCAAUUGCCUGCAAGGCUCCGAUGGCAAGGCUCAACCCACAGUAGCUGGAAACUCGUGAUAGGGUAAAAGUUUAGAAAAUGUUGGAAUGAAUUGAGAAUCGUGACUCUGUUCCAUACAAACUAGGAAAUUUCCACAAUUAAAUUCCCCAUUGAACACCCUGUCAUCGUUUAAACAAAAGCGGGCUCAUUCAGGGCACAUUGUUGUGUUUUUUAGAGCCUCUACAGUUCUUUCUUUUUUGACCACCACAGACUUGUGUAUCAAAACAUUCCUCCUCAGGUAAAUUGACGAAAUUAGGCAGUCAUUGAAUUUCUGACCCCUACUCUUAGGAAUUAUUUAUGGUAAGUACAUACAUUCAUAUUCUGGAAUAAUUAUUAAUCAUAUAAUAUCUUUUUUAGUGAAUAUAACCAGUUGUCAAAGUCAUCGAAGUCGAGCCCUUAAUUUGGCAGGGAAUCCAGCCCCGGGUACCUUCGUUCCGCACUGUAAACCCGAUGGAAACUACGACGAAGUUCAGUGCCAUAGUUACACUGGCCUCUGUUGGUGUGUCGAUGAACAUGGAAGUGAGAUCCUGGGAACUAGGAAGUGGACAAGACCUCGGUGUUCAAAACUUCCGACAGGUGAACAGACUAUUCCUUACUCUUUAAAUGACAGACAAAAUUGGCACAAGCUUUCGGUGAAAUGACUUAUUGGAUCAUAUGAAUGGACAGAAACAAUUCUCCAAUGAUUGCCUUUGAAUACCAUUGACUGUUUAUAACAUACGAAUGUCCACCCAAACGAUCAUUUAACUACUGAAAUUGAAAUUCGCCACGGUGAAUCAGCACGGUGUAGGGAAUGAAACAGGGCUUGCGUCUCUGCAAUUGACAUCAAGCCCUUCAUCACCCAUCCAGCUAGCCAUGAAAGAUUGCACACACCACCGGGGUCUACCUCCCUCUACUCUUAACGAUCAGCGAUGCGGGUUAUUUAACGUCCACAAGAAUAAGACCAGUGAAGGAGCUGUAAGACGGGAUCACGGUUUUCGUCCUUAUCCCCAAAACAGGAAUGUCAGACUAUUUUUAGAUAUCAGAAGAUAGAUGGCGGCACAUUCUCCUGGCCCUUUUUAUCCGGCUGGGGUUUAGACUCGCGACUUCCCGCUCGGCAAACAGGCGCUUAUUCUGAUGGCUAAGAGGGGACCUUUUCGGUCGCCGUCCCUUUUUCUAGCGAUAGUCUGUACCUUUACCGGAUACAGUAGACGUAUUCAACUAUUAAGUCAUUGCUAGCUGGUUAUGAAGAAUUAGCCUGGGGAUUUUACCAGUCAGAAACUGAGAUAAAUUUGUAACGAAUAAUCAAUAGGUAAAAAUCGUCAGAUAAAAACCCCAGAUCAUUUUCCCUUGAUUUAUUUUUCUCUCUAGAACAUGGAACUCCCCUCGACCUUAGUAUUCUAAUUGAUGCCUCCGAUACAGCUGUUGCCAAGAACUGGACAAAAAUGAAAGCAUUAGCGUCUUCAAUCGUCGCUUCUUUUAGAAUUUCCUCCAGCGAAACUCAUGUUGGUAUUGUAUUGUUCAGCCGCGAUGCCGAAAUUCCGUUGUAUUUCAACACUUUACAGGAGAACAACCUCACAAAGGAAAAUGUGCAGAAAGUUUUAGACAAACUAAAGCCUAUGCAAGGGUCGAGUCGAUUCGAUGUAGCAAUGCAACUGACCGAGGAGGAACUGUUUAACGAGGCGAAUGGAAUGAGAAUCGAAAUACCCAAGGUGAGAAACGUGCUUUUUGCACGUAUUAAUGUAGCAAAAUCUUAAAGUUUGAAAUAGCAGAGAAAAACCUGAUGUACCGUCAGAUUGAAUUCAUACCAAGAACUCAUAAUAAGUGCUUCCUCCGAUUGGUAUUGACACUGAAACAGCAUUCUGAAACACUUGUUUCAAAAUUCGAAGUUUCCUCGAAAAGAUGGUUUUCUUUAGCAACGUAAGGAGUCAGUGACUGUCCAUCGUUAUCAGAGCUAAAGCUAUACAUCGAAGUGGCAUUGUUUAAGUCGCCCUAACAAUCACGGGAAAGAAAGUCGCGCAGAAGAAAAUGGAUGGUAUAAUGUACCGUAUGUCUGUUCACGAACGUUUAAAGCUGUUUUUUUUUUCAUCCUGUUGACCAAUAAAAAAGAUAACAUUGUACUUAAAAAUGACUUUGUUAACCCUAGGUCAUUCUUCUGUUAACGAGUAGCAGUCAGACGAAAAAUCAGGGUCCUUACACCCCAUUGUUAGCUUCUGCUCAAGGUCUGCGGGACAGAGGUGUCUUCAUUUAUGCUUUUGCUAUUGGUGACGAGGUGAAAGUUUCGGAGCUUAUGGACCUAACUUCAGAUUACAGAAAUGUUUUCUCUGCGGAUGAUUUCAGCUCACUUCAGUCAAAGUUCAAAAUGUUGACAGAGGUGGUCAAGAAUGAGACUAAAGCUAAUUCUAAAGGUAGGCUUCAACUAAGUCUGAAUGCUUUCAAAGGUUUCAAAGAUGGGUAACAAAAUCACAAUCAGAAGUAGAGGACAUGUCUUAGAAAGUUAUUUCAGCUGAGAUCUGUGUUAGUGCCCACAGGUAGGUUGCCAUAAACCCCGGGCUAAUUUCUGUCGAUUUUUUUUAUUGGUGACCAGGUUCUAAUUUUCAUUUGACGCUGACCAAUUUACGCGAAUAGACAUGUUCUAAUUAAAAAAAAAAAGGUUGUCGAAGGUAGUUGCAGCAAAGCGCAUUCAGUACAACCUUUUUAAACGUCUAACUGGGCUUCCUUAUAAACCACUCUGUUAACUUUCUCACUCAGUUUCAUGGUAAUUUUGAUAUCUGGUUGAAUUUUUGUUAAUAUAUGCUGUUUUAGAAUGGCUUUGCAACCUCGCUCCUGAACCUGGUCAGCUUGGGUGUCUUGGAUCUUUAACUGCGUUUUACUUUGAUGCGGCCUCAGGAGAGUGCCAUUCUUUUGUAUAUAGUGGAUGCGGAGGCAAUGCCAACAACUUUCCUUCUCAUGAAAAGUGUAUGGACACUUGCAAAGGUGACAGUUUCUUAUUAAACUAUUAAGAAAUUAUUGAAUUCUGAUGGCUGCGAUGUCGUUUUAGAUAUAAUGUUGAUCGAAGUUACUCGUUAUGUGUUCUGCGUUGGAGAAGGGACAGUGAAAGUAACGAAUAUGAUAAUGACAAAAAGUAGCACAAACUAGCAACUAGCAAGUAGAUAUAAUUCAAAAAGGCAUCAUUGUCUCCAACUCUGAUAACUGACUUAAUAAAUAAUAAUUUUGAUUGAUUGUAUAGUUAUAAUGCUUUACCCCCAGUUACACAGAAUUAUAGUCUUAGUUGUCUACGCAGAGACUUUUAAUUUUAAAAAUAGAGAAAUUUAGAGUGACGUUCAAGGCAAGUGGCAAACGUCAUAUUCAAGUUGGAAUUUCCCAAAAUAGAAAAUUUUUAGCUAAAAAAGUCCAAAAUUUGAGGUAGAAGUAAUGAACAUUAAAGCACGAGUUAAGGGAAAAUUUGGUCACGUGGUACAAAUUCAAGUUUGCCGUUUGCCUUAAAAGUGACUCUAAAUCUCUCUAAUGUCAUUUUUGCAGUAACUUGCCCUAAUUCUGUACGUGUAUUAUGUUGAGUCGUAGAUAAAAUGUAACCCAAGACGUUUUUUGCUUAUUGUUAAACAGGAGUUCUCCCAUCUUGUUUGGCUGAAGAAAAACGCCUUUCCGCCCUACAAGUAGGUCAUUUUACUCCGAAUUGCAAACCCAACGGCAGAUAUGAAGACGUACAGUGUUACGGCCAGACAGGAUACUGCUGGUGUGUUGACGAGUACGGCAAAGAGAUGGAGGGUACUCGAGUCAUAGGCAUACCAAUGUGUAGCCUGGCAACCGGUAUGUUUCUUUUUGUCCAUAAUUAUAUUAAUUUCUUAUUUACCGGGUAACUACCCAAAUUAACUUCAGUGUGGGCCACUGAACUAUGCUUUCUUAUAAUUUAGCAUUUGAUAGCAAUUUUACUAGUUCAAAUGUUUGUCAGAAAAGGGCUGCCGUAUUUUAUUAUUACUGUUAUUUUACUUUGUUAGCCUUCGGUAAACUUACGCCAUGUCUUAAAGAAAGACGCAGAGCUCUGGGAUUGGCGGGUGUUCCAUCAGUUGGAAGGUUUGUCCCUGAGUGCAUGCCAGAUGGGCAGUACUCACAGAUGCAGUGCUUUGGAAACACAGACUUCUGCUGGUGCUCAGACAAAAGUGGUUAUGAAAUUCCUGGCACACAUCGAUGGGGAACGCCGCAAUGUCCAGUUGAAGGCGAGUGAAUCCAUCUUUACGCUUCGUAUUGAGUUUAAUGCCAGCGACAUAACUUCAGCAACUGCAUGAUGUUUUGUUGAAUUGUGUCUUUUGCUAUAAUAGUUUUGUUUUUCUUGUGGUUUGGAGUAUUAUAUAUUUUCGAUUGCCAUCGACCUUACAUUUUUUAAAGUUUUUUGAAAGACAUGAUUCAAACAGUAAACAUAAAUCAGGAAUAUUCGGGAGCUAACGAAGGUACCGAAACAAAGUGCAUUUACCCCAUUAUACUUUGCCUGAGUGAGUAACAGGGAAACAUAAUUCAAACUCAUCGCCCAUAGUUGAACUUGGGAACUGGUACCUUACAAGUUAAUGGGGUAGGGUGUAAAAUACUCCAGGCACAGCAGGGAGGAAUCCAUAGUAAUCCCGCAAGCGGGAAUCACCCCUGCUGUGGAACCUGAACCAGUGGAAAAGAGGGAGUGAGGAUGGGGCAUAUGGAAUCCGCAAAAUUUGCAUAAAAUGACGGUGAAUGGAUCCUCAAUGAUCCGUAACGAAAGCAAAACUAAAGCAAUAAGUAAAUCUAAAGGGGAAGCCCCCGCCUAAAACGUGCUCGAGAAAGUAAGGCCACUGGUCGCAUUUGCUCAAGUUUAACCUUGCCUAAAAUAAGUUUCGCCACAUUGAAAUACUUUGCACUCUUUAUAGUUCGACCUGGCGUGUGCCCGUAUGUCUCAGAUCCAACUAAAUGCCCAGCAGAAAUGACUGAACAGACAUGCUCACGAGAUAGCGACUGUACCGGAUCUUCCAAAUGUUGUGAUUGUGGAUGUGUCAGGCGUUGCACAUUUGUUUCUUUAAAUGAAACAGGUAAGAAAAUUUAGAUUAGAGAGACUACUAAUAGUCUCAGUGAAGGUGUGUCAGAAAGAUCAGUGGGCGUAACUGCGCUUAUGUUUGAGAAGAGAGCAAUAAUAUCCUGGUAGCUUCUAUUCAGCAACUUAGAUUAAGAAAUCUCAUUAUUUCUUUUUGGUUAUUAAGUGUUCAUAAUCUGCAAAUUCGUGUUUCAAAAACUAGUUGCAGCCUCAGACUGUGUCAGUGAACAUGCAAAGUCGCUGUCCUCCUCGUGUCCUAUCCUCAAAGCAAUCGGUCGAUUCUUCCCAAAAUGCAAACCUGAUGGAGGAUAUGAGCAACUGCAGUGUGGACGAUCUGGUUUUUGCUGGUGUGUGGACGAGGAAGGAAAUGAAAUUCCGGGAUCAAGACAACAUGGAAAACCUAAUUGCAUGAACCAAGGUACUUGAAUCACGAGAAAGCGGUAGAUAUGAUACCUGAAAUAGUGACAUUGUGAAUUCUGUGUCUUUUAAAUAUGUAGUUAAUGUCAGUAGUCAUUGCCUUAAUACGUAUGCCUUUAAGGUACCAUGACACAAUGUCAGCUGGAAAACAAGAGGGAUUUGAAUAUUCGCAGUAGGAGUCUCAUCGGCGUAUUCAUUGCAAGCUGUCAGUCUAACGGUUCAUAUGAGCCGAUUCAGUGUCACAAUGCGACUGGUUUCUGCUGGUGUGUUGACAAGCUGGGAAAUGAACUGGCGGGAACUCGGCAAUGGGGAAAGCCCACCUGCAAAGUGUCUAGUAAGUUAAUUGUUGCAAUUGCUGUGGGCAGUUACUUGUUUGUAAAACUCAAAAUUCUUCCAUGAAGAAUUCUUUACAUGAAGAAAAGGCGUAUCUAGUUCCUGAAGAAAGUCAAACUGAGGUUCGACUUUCGUUUGAUUGAAUUUCAGAAUGAAUGGAAUUAUUUCCACGUUCCGUGCGCGAUCGUCGCACAUGACGGCGCAAUCUCUAAGAGAUAAGUCCUCUCCUGUUGGCUUACACGACGCUGGAUAGCACGCAAACUAUUUUAAUGUAUCGUACGUGAACUAUUACGCAUAUCAACUAAAUCAACUAAAGAGGCUUGAAGAGCGAAAUAAAAUAUAUCUCAAGACUUUUAGUUCUUAUUUUUAAAACUUGUACAAGCUCGAAUGAUUAACCAUUGUAAUAAGUUGAUAGCCACGUGGUAAAGGUAGCGUGUAAUAAUGAAAAUGAUAUAUCAUGGCGGAUAUUUGUUAAGGGAGGCAUGGAUAAAAGUAUGUUCUAUUGCUUUUGAAAAGAGAAAAUGUUAAUUGACCUUUGCUAACGCAAUACGUUUUGUUGUUCACAACAAUUUCAUCAUCUGUGAAAGAAAAGUAAAAUAGCUCAUAGUUACGUUAUUGAGCCAUGGCAAAGGUGCUAUUAAAGUUACUUAAACAACCGGAUUUUCUUGCUUCACCUACCAAAGCAAUACACUAACCUCUGUCGUCCUUUUCAUGGCUUGGUAGAUAAAACUAUAACCGUCUGUCAGUCACGUAAAGAUGAAUGUCUGGACAACGCUCCUCCUGGGCAUUUCGUUCCUCAUUGCAAGGCUGAUGGUUCACACGAAGAAAGACAGUGUCUUCAGUCUACAGGGGAGUGCUGGUGUGUUGACAGAAAUGGGAAUGAACUGCCCGGGACACGGUCCAAGCAAACGUUUGACUGUUCUUUACUUGGUGAGUCAUAUAGCUCUAGGAAAAGCUAUAUCCUACAAUGACGAGGCAUUUAUUGUCGAACAUGAUGACGAUAACAUCAGGCUGAAGCUAAUUAGCACAGCCCAAUUAACAAAAAAUUUCCUACUUUGCUCCUUCUAGGUUUUCUCUUGCAUUUAUUUUUCUUAUGUAAAUAAGAAGUACAGUCAAAUCCUGUUAGUACGGACUCUGAGGGGGUCAGACAAAGUGUCCGUAUUAGGCGAGUUGUAUUUAGAGAAAAUGUUAGUACUUUCUUUUCCCAGAGACAUGCAAACUGUCCGUGAUACUGAGGUGUCCUUAUUAAGCGGGUGUCCUUAAAGCGGGGUUUGACGGUUUAUAUGAUUGUACGUUUUUUUUUGUAUGAUUGUUUUCUUUUGUAGCAUGGCUUAGUCCUUGCCAAAUCCAAAGGCGCCAGGCCCUAGGACUGAGAGGAGUUCCAGUGGUGGGUUUACAUGUGCCUGAGUGCAAAGAAGAUGGGGAAUACAAUGCAGUGCAGUGCCACAUGACGUCCGGGUAUUGUUGGUGUGUGGAUGAACUUGGAAAUGAAGUCCAGGGAAGUCGCAAGAACGGAAGACCUAGUUGUGGUAAGAUAUUCACAGAACGCAAUAAGCAACGAUCCUAACUGUACAAAAAGAUAAGUACGGGUUGCAAACAUUGCAAUUUGUCGCCAUCGGGUAAUGUUUGUCCAUAGGGCCAUUUGUACGAGGAAAAAUAAGACGCGUCUUAAAUAAGACGCGAACUGUACCAUUUAUACGAGCAUGUCUUAUCUAAUAAGACGCGUCUUAGCUAAGCCGCGUCUUAUUUUAGACGAAAUGUGCCGUUUAUACGGAAAGUUCGCGUCUUAUUUAAGACGCGUCUUACAUAAGACGCGUCUUAUUUCUCCUCGUAUAAAUGGCCCUAAUAAUACUUUGACAAACUUGUUAGAAAAAAAAAUCAAUUGUUAUCUCAAAAUACACCAUGGGGAAACAGAAUGUGAACAAAAAAAAAUAUAACAAUAAUGAUGAGAAAAGUUUUAACCAAUUUUCUUGCUUUUUGUCUCGCGAAUGGUUAAAUUCUAUUAGUUAAUCCAGAAUGUGGGUCAUUUGGAUUAAAGCAAAGCUGUAGUUAGUACUACUGACAUGUAAAUUCUUUUUUAGCUCCAAAAGAAAAGGAACCACCCUGCAAACAGGCUAAAGAAAUAUUAGAGUCGUUCCCACAGCCUCCUCCUGGGAUGUAUGUUCCUCAGUGCCGAGAGGACGGUGGAUACCGAGCUACUCAGUGUCAUGGCUCCACUGGAUUUUGUUGGUGCGUGGAUGAGUAUGGGAACGAGUUGACGAAUACGCGAGUCAGAGGACCUCUUAACUGCUCAGGUUAGACAAGCGAAUCUUUUCCCACUUUAACAAAUGGUCUAAGCGUGCGCAAAAGUUAAAAGGGUAAACGAGGCAAAGAUUGGCUGUAAUUGUUUUGGUUAAAACUAAGACAACACGAAUACUAAAGACACUAUAGUGAUCGAGGCCUAUGACAAGUACAAAUUACAGCUGGUUCAGGAAUGUGCAUAUAAAGUAAAAUAUAUUUAUUUUUAAAGCCUUGCGCUACAGUGCCUUCUUGACUUCUUAGGAUUGUUGCCUCUUUGAAUAACAUAAAAUUAAGACUUGUUGCUCCCGCCACUGGCAAAAGACAGAGAAAAAGUCAUUCAUGUUAUAUCAUUCUUUUACAUAACGAUCAACUGAAAAGUGCUUUUGGUCUUGGGAAUUUGCUUUGAACUAUUAAGAAUAACAACUAAUCGGGAAUAAAACAAAGCCGUGAGAAGUUAUCGGUUUUAUAUUACCGUAGAGUUCCGAUAGUAGCGACCCUCGUUACUUUCGGAAUUAGCAGCCUAUCUUACAGUCGUUUACAAAUAGAGCUGGCACGAGCUUUUUUCCGAUUGGUUUAAUCGGUGAAUCAGCAGAUAUAACACUGACUUCAAACUGCUUCGAUUGUCCUGCAUGACGCACCGCUGCGUUUUAUCCCCCGUACCGGUAUCUCAGUGUCAUUUAAUUGAAAACUUCAUAAUCCAGAAAACUUUUUUUCAAUUUCAAUUUCCGAAGAAACGUUCCUGUUGUUAAUACGGAAUUAUGCCGGUUUACGGUAGUUCUUACAUCACUAUUUCAGUGAACUGAUGUCAAGGACGAAUGGGGGCCAGUAAAGCUUCCCCUUGUUGUAAAUUAAAGUGCCUUAUCGUGAACAAUUUGUGACACUGCACGAAUAUAUUAUUGUAUAUUAAAAUUUUGACCAUUGAUUGACCAAUUAAAGGUAUACAGUAUACAAUUUAAAAAACUUGGUCUCGCUACUUUCUAGGGGGAGGGGGUUGCUACUUUCGGGAUUUACUAGCGUCCACAAAAAAUUGACGUUAAUUUCGGGGGGUCGCUACUUUCGGGGGGUCGUUACUAUCGGAACUUUAUAGUAACUUGUAAACUUCUUUUCUUUCGUCAGCAAUUAAAGACCGAAAGCUGUCAUUAUGUCACAGUCGUUUUAAUGAGGCUGUUGUGGUCGAUGAACAGGGCCAUUAUAUUCCACAGUGUAAAGCAGAUGGAUCCUAUGAACAGGUUCAGUGUAACUCAGCGACAGAAGAGUGCUGGUGCGUUGAUAAAAAAGGACUAGAAAAAACAGAAACAAGAACAUCAGGGCAACCUCACUGUGAUCAUGAAG